AUGGAUUGGGUGUCGAAAGGUUCCUUCAAAGGCGAUUUGGAGAUGCUGGACAAAUCAGGAAACGGGGUCGGGAAGAUCCACGUGGCCGUCAAGUUCGAGCGACCAGGGCCAGGGCUGUCAGCAGGGCCGGUUGUUGCCACCGGAGCUAGGCCAGCGGGAGCCCCCAAAGCCCAAGGCACGAGAGAUCCCAACAGCAAGUUCAGCGAUGAGGAGAUAUGGGAGGCCUUCGUGGCGUUCGACCUCGACAAGAACAAGUUUGUCGGGGCGGCCGAGAUUCGCCACGUGCUCGUCAACAUCGGGGAGCAGGUCACGGACGAUGAGGUGGACGAGAUGAUCCGCAUGGUGGACAAGGACGGCGAUGGACAGGUGUCCUUUACGGAGUUCUAUGAGAUGGUGACCGGAGGAAACUCGCCCCCGCCAGGACUGGGGGGCACCGGCGGCGUAACCGCAGGAGGUGGGGGCGCAACUGGCGGCGGAACGGCGCUAGCUACGACAGCACCAUUGGGGCAGAACGUGGUACAGCAACGCAACAAAAAGAAGCAGGCUAUGGACGACUUUGCAAGGGACAACAACAUCAAGCCGGAGAGCAUCAAGAAGGCUUACAAGCGCUUCCAGGCUACGGACAAGGACUCCACGGGUAUGAUCGACUACACGGAGUUUUGCGAGAUAAUGCAGGUGGACCCUUCACCCCAGUGCGAAGGGCUGUUCCAGCUGUUUGAUGGCGACCGCUCGGGGCAGAUCGACGUCAGAGAGUUCAUGAUUUCUCUCACCAACUUCGCGGGUGCGAGUAAGGACGACAAGCUCAAGUUCGCCUUUAUGAUCUUCGACGAGGAUGGCAACGGGGUUAUCACCAAACAAGAGUUGGCACGAAUUUUGAAGGCCAACCACAUGGCUCAGUCGGAGGCCGAGGUCGCUCGAAAGACGGACACCAUCAUGGCUCAGGCAGACAAGGACGGCGACGGAGUCGUUACUUUCGACGGUUAG